UUCUACGUAAGUAUUAUUGGGGCGUUGAGCUCAAGUUUUCUUUUUCUCUCUCUUCUUCUGCACCAUUUGGUUUUGAUUCGGAUUUUCUUGGGUGGUUUUUUCUUUUCAUUUUUUAGUUUGUCACCCAAAAAAAAUAUAUAUAUAUAUAUAUAUACACACACACACACACACACACACACAUAUAACUUAACAAAAACACCCAUCCCAUCUAUCUCCUCUCCAUCUUUUUUCAAAAAGAGAAUCAUUUCUGUUUCUGUCUCUUGUCUCUGUAUCUUCAUUUUCCCUCAAUCUACCUCACCAAUUCCACUCUCUCUCUCCCCCCCAUUGCCAGCUAUAUUGCUUCCUAUAACUAUAUUCUUGAUUGGAUUCUUCAUUCCAGAUUGAUUUUCCCAGCUCACUGUCAAAGUCCCUCCUAAUUCAUACUUCUAACAGAUGAAGAAGUUUAUCUUCGGACUGGACUUGCAUGAUGACAAAGAGAAGCGAAAGGCUUUGAAGACAGUCGCUGCCCUUCAAGGGAUUAAUGAGAUGACCAUUGAUCUCAAGGGCAAGAAACUAACAAUAAUUGGAACAGUUGAUCCAGUUGACGUGGCGAGCAAAUUGCGCAAAUUUUGGCCAACAGAUAUAAUCGCAGUUGGUCCCGCUAAAGAGCCUGAGAAAAAGGAGGAGCCAAAGAAGGAAGAAGCUAAGAAAGAGGAAGCCAAAGAGGAGCCAAAGAAAGAAGAGUCCAAGAAGGACGAACCAAAAAAGGAGGAACCCAAGAAAGAUGAAGAGAAACAAGCUCCAGAACCAGCGCCAGUUCAGGUUCAAGUUCCAGUCCCAGUGCAAGUUCCAGUAAUGCCGUAUCGGCCAUAUUACCCUCCGAUGCAGAGCUCAGUAAUGCCAUAUCGGCCAUAUUACCCUCCAAUGCAGACCUAUUAUCACCCUAACCACAGCGUGGAAGAGUAUCCAAAUGGAUGUGUUAUUUGUUAAUUUUGGCAAGACUGUUUUGCCUUUUCUUUUCCUCCCUAUAGAUGGUGUUGUGCUUUAUAAAUACAAAAUUCAGGGCAACACCUGGGCCGUGACAAGGGAAGCUCCUGUGUAUAGGUGCGGUUCUAUAUGUUUGUCUGUGAAGGCGCUGAAUAAGAAAUUUUGCCAGCUAUAUUUCAAAUCAUUAGUUAGACGACGCAA